AUGUUCUCUCUGCUCUCUACGCUCCUCGUUGCUGCCUUGGGGGCAGCUCGCGUCAACGCCCAUGGCUACGUCCAAGACGUCGUCGUCGGCUCGACGCACUACACCGGGUAUCUGCCGUACCAGGACGUCUACAUGAACCCCCAGCCAGAGCGGAUCAUCCGCGCCAUCCCCGGCAAUGGCCCGGUCACGGACCUCACUCUGAUCGACGUCCAGUGCAACGGGUACACCGACGGAGGGGUCUUCGGCUCGAAGCCCGCCCCCAUCUUCGCCAACCCAGUUCCCGCCGGCUCCCAAAUUGGCCUGAACUGGACCGCUUGGCCUGACUCCCAUGUCGGACCCAUCAUCACAUAUCUUGCUCGCGCUCCCAGUGACAUUACUCAGUGGAUGCCCGGCAACGAUUCGGUGUGGUUCAAGAUCGACGAAGCUGGAAAGACCGCUGACGGCAAGUGGGCAGCCACGGACGGGCUGUACGCGACGGACUCGAUCUACACUAUCACCAUCCCGCCCAAGCUCAAGGCUGGCCAGUACAUCAUCCGACACGAGAUAAUCGCGCUGCACGGCGCGUUCGCCUACCCGGGCGCGCAGCUCUACCCGUCGUGCAUCCAGAUUGAGGUCACCGGCACCGGGAACGCGUUGCCUACCUCUGGGCUGGUGGCAUUCCCGGGCGCAUACACCCCCGACACACCCGGCAUCGUGUUCGACGUGUACGACAACCCUGACUCUACGUACCCGAUCCCUGGACCGGCAGUCUGGACUGGCGGUAACUGA